GACAUGAGGAAAGCAACGAGCGGUCCUCAAUCAGACAGGACUCGGGAACUGAGGGGGAAAGAGAGAGGAAGACGUGAAGAGAAUUAUCUGCUUAUUUCUGCUUCUACUGCCUCACCUGCUGUCCUUCCACCCUCCUGCUGAAGAUGGUUUCAUCCUCCAGCCAGCCCAUCCGUCAUGGAAUCUAGGCCCCUGACACGGCAUGGGGCCAUGACAGGUGGCACAACCUCUAACAGCAGGCACCCCAAUUACCAGGCACUGUCCCAGCCCUCUCACUCCUCGGUGGCCACCCCCCGGGCCAAGCAGAGAACCCCCCCAGGACGCCUUGGACAGCCCAGUACAGUUUGAAGACAUGGAGGAGGCUGGCCCCGCACAUCAGAGUUACGUUUCAUUUGCUGGUGGAAAUGUCACGACGAACAGCUCGGCAGCAAACCUCGCAGCCCUGGACACAGAGGAGCAGGAAUUCCAGGGCAUUGGGCAGUAUGAUGACUUCCACACCACCGACUGGCAGCGCGACAUUGCUAGGGACCGUAUGAGGCACCGCUAUAUUGCCAAGAAGAAGGAGGAGAGUGUGUGGGACUGGAUCAAGAGUGGCCAUGAUGCUUGGUCUGGCUGGCUCUGUGUCUUCCUGGUGGGCGUCAUUGCAGGUGCGGUGGCUGGCAUGAUUGACAUCGGCACCAGCUGGAUGAGUGACCUGCGGUUUGGUGUGUGCCAGCAGGCGUUUUGGUUUAACCAGGAGCAGUGCUGCUGGUCCUCCAAUGAAACCAUCUAUGGACCAAACAACUGCUCCCAUUUCUUCUUGUGGCCCGAGGCGUUUGGUGACUCUCCUGACGGUGCGGGUGGCUACAUAGUGUCCUACAUCUUCUACGUGCUGUGGUCGCUGCUGUUCGCCUCACUGGCUGCCUCGCUGGUCAUGAUGUUUGCCCCAUAUGCGUGUGGCUCUGGUAUUCCUGAGAUUAAGACAAUUCUGAGCGGGUUCAUCAUCCGCGGCUACCUUGGCAAGUGGACAUUGCUUAUCAAGUCUCUAGGAAUGAUACUGGCUGUGUCCGCCGGCCUCUCUCUCGGCAAGGAGGGGCCCCUCGUGCACGUAGCUUGUUGUAUAGGUAACAUCCUCUCCUACAUGUUUCCAAAGUAUGGCAAGAACGAGGCGAAGAAAAGAGAGGUGCUGUCUGCCGCUGCUGCUGUGGGGGUGUCUGUGGCCUUCGGGGCGCCCAUAGGAGGGGUGCUGUUCAGUCUGGAGGAGGCCUCCUACUACUUCCCCCUCAAGACACUGUGGAGGUCGUUCUUUGCCGCCUUGGUCGCUGCUUUUGUGCUGCGUUCCAUCAACCCUUUCGGCAACGAACAUCUGGUCCUCUUCUACGUGGAGUACAACAAACCCUGGAUCUUUAUUGAACUGGUGCCCUUCAUCCUGCUGGGCAUUAUUGGGGGCAUUAUUGGCACCCUGUUUAUCAAGUUUAACAUCAGGUGGUGUCGUUAUCGCAAGACAUCCAUGCUGGGGCAGUACCCACGGCUGGAGGUGGUGGUGGUGACCCUCAUCACCGCUGCCAUCGCCUACCACAACCCUUAUACAAGAAUGAACACAUCCAACCUUAUCUAUCUGUUGUUCUCCCAGUGUGGUGUGGCAAAUACGGACAGCCUGUGUGACUACCAGCGUAACUUCACCAGUGCCAACACAGCCAUUGAGAUUGCAGCAGCCGGGCCCGGAGUGGUGCGUGCUGUGUGGCUGCUGGCGCUGGCCCUCAUAUUCAAGUGUGUGGCCACAGUGUUCACCUUUGGUCUCAAGGUUCCCUGUGGCCUGUUCAUUCCCUCGCUGGCCAUGGGAGCUAUUAUCGGCAGGCUGGUGGGCAUCGGUAUGGAGCAGCUGGCUUACCACAACCAGGACUGGGCAGUGUUUGCAGGGGAGUGUAGCACAGGAGAGAACUGUAUCACCCCAGGCCUCUAUGCCAUGGUGGGUGCUGCGGCGGUGCUUGGUGGCGUUACCAGGAUGACAGUGUCGCUGGUGGUGAUCAUGUUCGAGCUGACCGGUGGCGUGAGAUACAUCGUUCCCCUGAUGGCUGCAGUGAUGGCCAGCAAGUGGAUUGGAGACGCGUUUGGCAGAGAGGGGAUCUACGAUGCCCACAUUAUACUCAACGGCUACCCCUUCCUGGACUCGAAGGAGGAGUUUAGUCACACCACACUUGCUCAUGAUGUUAUGCGGCCUGGGAAGAACGAGUCCUUCUACGUGAUCACACAGGACAGCAUGACCCUGGAUGACGUGGAGCAGCUGUUACGAGAGACAGACCACAACGGCUUCCCUGUGGUGGUGAGCCGCCAGUCACAGUACCUGGUUGGCUUUGUGGCACGGCGCGACCUCAACAUUGCCAUCAGUCAAGCCAAGAAGAACACUGAGGGGAUUGUUGGGGAGUCCCUGGUUCUCUUCACCUCCUCCGUCCCCUCGCCGUGGAUGGGACCGCCACCCCUCCGCCUGCGCAAGAUUCUGGACCUGGCCCCCAUCACCAUCACGGACCAGACCCCCAUGGAGACAGUCGUGGACAUGUUCAGAAAGUUAGGGCUGAGACAGACGCUGGUGACUCAUAAUGGGCGCCUGCUGGGAAUAAUCACCAAGAAGGAUGUUCUGCGCCACAUCAAGUUUCUGGAGAGUGAAGACCCGGAGUCUGUCCUCUUCAACUGAGCCACCACCACCACCGUUGCCACCACAGCCACCGCUGCCACCACCACCACCACCACCGCCACCACUGCCACGGCUGUUACUGAGCUGUGACGAUAUGCUGGGAAAUGUAAGGUUAGGUUAGGGUAGGGUUGUUUUGAAGAAUUAAGGUGGUGGUGAGUGUUGUUGUUGUUGUUGUUAUUAUUAUUAUUAUUAUUAUUAUUAUUAUUAUUAUUAUUAUUAUUAUUAUUAUUAUGUAUGUGUAUAUUAUAUAAUUUCCUCUUUUUCUUCUUCUUCUUAUUAUUAUUGUUGUCAUUAUUAUUAUUAUUAUUAUUAUCAUUAUUAUUAUUAUUAUUAUUAUUAUUAUUAUUAUUAUUAUUAUUAUUAUUAUUAUUAUUAUUGUUAUUAUUUGAUGGAUGCUAAGUUAUCAUUGCAAAAUAAAAGUAAAAAUAUUUGACAGCUAAGAAUAGAAAUAAGUAUAUAUAUAUAUAUAUAUAUAUAUAUAUAUAUAUAUAUAUAUAUAUAUAUAUAUAUAUAUAUAUAUAUAUAUACAGGGAUUUGUAUUCACACACACACACACACACACACACACACACACACACACACACACACACACACACACACACACAUUUCAGUAAUUAUUUAACAUUUCAUAUUUUAGAAAAAGAAUUAUAAUGAUGAAAAUAAUGAUGGUGGUGGUGGUGGUGGUGGUGGUGGUGGUAGUGGUGGUGGUGAUGGUGGUGGUGAGUCUGUGCUUUUAAUUAAAUAGACUAAUAAUGGUGUGUGUGUGUGUGUGUGUGUGUGUGUGUGUGUGUGUGUGUGUGUGUGUGUGUGUGUGUGUGUGUGUGUGUGUGUGUGUGUACAAUAAUUUCUUUCUUUAUCUUUUCUUCUUUUAUUUUUUCAUUUAGUGUAUGUACCGAAGAAAAUAUUUAUUAUCUGUAUCUAUUAUUUAUUUAUUAUUCUGUUUACAUGCUUAUUUAUUUCUAUCUGUCUAUAUUUUUGAUGGUUAAAAUUUUCUAUUGAUGUAUAUUAUUAUUAUUAUAAGAAUUUUUUUGGCAAUAUUCAUACCUAAUCUUUACCUGUGGUGCAUAUUAGAGAGAGAGAGAGAGAGAGAGAGAGAGAGAGAGAGAGAGAGAGAGAGAGAGAAUCAUUGUAUAUAUGUAAUAUUUGAAGUAGGCACAUCACCAGUAUUCCUUGAGUGUUAGAUAUUAAAUGAUGCUGUGGUGUGCGGUGUCCUGAGCUGUGGCAGAGACAGGCUGUGAGGACACCAGACACAGCAGCAUGAGUGGGUGGGUGAGCAAGUGAGUGGGUGAGUGAGUGAGUGGGUGAGUGGGUGGCUGGGUGGGUGAGUGCAUCAGUUCAGCAGUGUUGCCAUGUCUCGUGUCCUCACAGCCCAAGUCGCUGCCACACACUUGAAGACACACAGUAAGUCGUGCAAUGUGUGGUGGCUGCAAUAUUGAGAGUGUCUGUUUGUCUGUCUGUCUGUCUAUCUGUCGUCUGGGGAAACGAAAAGGAUGCAUUUCAUAUUUUUUUAUUUAUUUAUUUAUUUUUUUGUUUAUUUUAUUUUAUUUUGUUUUAUUUUAUUUUUAUUUAUUAAUUUUUGUGGGAUGUUGUGUAGAUUUUUAAUUUUGACAACACAUUAUUAUUAUUAUUAUUAUUAUUAUUAUUAUUAUUAUUAUUUAUUUUUAUUGCUCUGAAAUGUUUCUAAAUAAUGAGUUAGAACUUUUUUUUUUCUCAAUUAAGUUAGUUUAAAGAUCCUAAUUUGACUAGAAGCAGGUUUUAUCAGUCUUGUUUGGCUUUGUUGAGUUACUUGCAGGCCCAUGUGAGUCAGUGCUGUUUAUUUAUUUAUUCAUUUGUUUGUUUGUUUAUUUAUUUAUUUAUUUAUUUAUUUAUUUAUUUUAUUUGUUUUCCUGAAGUGAAGAACAAGAUGAGAGAGUUUAGUUCAGCGCAGUCAGUCUUCACAACACUACUUGGAAAAUGUUGAUCUUUUUGUUAUUCUUUUUAUUCCUCUAACCUUGUGUCUGUCAGUUUUCUUUUUUUCUUUUUUUUUUUUUUUUUUAUUAAGUAACCAAGAAUGGAUUUCAAUUUAACUCAAGUAAGCUGAUAACUUUUUUAUAUCAAUUAUUCUUUUUCUUCUAAGUUUGCGUGUCAUUCCAAUUUUAUUUAUUUAUCUAUUUAUUUAAAUUUUUUUUAUUUAUAUUUUCUGAAGCGAAGAGCAAGAGCAGAGAUUUCAAGUUAGCUGAUCCUGUCUUCACAAAACUGUUUUUCAUCUUUUUAUUUAUGCAUUUAUUUUCUUCCCGUAAGCCUGCGUCAAUCACUGCAACUUAUCCUUUUGUUUUUUGCCACGGUGAAGAGCAGGAACAGAUAUUUCACUCGGCCCAGGCAGUGUUGAGGCAGCCCAGUGCUGUGCUGGUGGCCGUGUGUGCAGGCUUAAUGCUGGGCUGCUGUUGGCAUGCACACACAUACACAUACACACACAAUUACUUGCAGCUGUUUGGAUUGUCACAAAAAAUGCAGUGUUGAUAUUUUAUUCCUAACUUUAAAUAUUGUUUGGGAUCGUUGUAAUGUUUAAAUCUGUUGAGUGAUGCGACAAAGAUUGUAUGAGUUAUUUCUUUACAAAAUUGAUUAGGGUAGGUUCUGUUCUUUCAUUUGUUAAGUUCACGUUUCCGCAAAGCAUUUAAAAAAUCUGGCACUGGACAAAACAAAAUUUUCUUUCAUUUGUCUGUUCAUUUCAUUUACUCUUUUCAGUUUCUAGAUAUUUCUCUUUGCAAACAGAAAUCAUGAAUAUUUUAGAAGUACAUUACUAUUAUUGUUAUUAUUAUUUGAUUACCUUUUAGGUUACUUUAUUUGUACAAGGUGCAGUGUUUUCUUUGCAAGCAGUGACAGCCUCAGCGGUCCAAAGCACCAGCAGGUGUGUGUUUACUACACCUUGCAGACAUUUAUGUUUACAAACAUUUCCUGCCGCUGUUUGUCAUUGCGGGCCACACACACCUUGCAGGCGGCCGACAGUGAGACAGUCGUGUCAACAAAGAUAUAUUGUUGCAGUUUUACGACUUAUACAUUCAAAGAAAAAAUAUCUUAAGAUUUUACAGAAAUUAACUACAUAAGAUAAUAUAUUUUAAUCCUAUAAACUAAUUACGAAUGACAUUCACAUAAAAAUAUAUAUAUUAUACUUUUACAAACAACAUGAAUGAUAUUACAAAAAAAAAAAGCGUGUAUAUUUAUUGUCGUUUUCCAGAUGGCAUCCUUGAGUGCAAUUAAUUAAUGAAACAAUAAAUUAGAAAACAAAGAAAAGAAGAAAUGGGAAAAGUAUAUGUAUUCCUGCAGUGUUUGGAAGUGAUGGCUUGUUAAUGUGGUAAUUCAUUCCUUUACUUGUUAUUAUAAUUAUUAUUAUUAUUAUUAUUAUUAUUAUUAUUAUUAUUAUUAUUAUUAUUAUUAUUAUUAUUAUUA